CGCUAGAGCUGCGUCGUCGCCAUUUCACCCGGCAACAGGCGAGCACGUAACGUUACAUCAAACGCUAACAAGGAAGAAAAUCACAACCGACCCUCAGUCCUCGAUAUUUUUCGACGUUAACUUCGUUUUCAUCUUCAUAUAGACCAAGUCGAACGACUGGGUCGGAGAAGUUUUAUCUGAAGAAGGGAGAAAAAGACACAAUGUCCGAAGGCAAAAUGUCGACUGAGGCUAAACCAGAGAAACCAGGCCAAGGGAAUGCAGUGAAUGGCAAAUCCAACCACGAGUCCAGGAAGGAGAGGCCCCCGAAACGCGGCGGUGGCGGGGGGCGAUUUGAGCCUUACGGGAACCCGAACAAAAGAUACCGCGUGUUUGUCAGCAACAUACCUUAUGAUGUUAAAUGGCAAACGCUGAAGGAUCUCAUGAAGGAAAAAGUGGGUGAGGUAACGUACGUGGAACACUUAAUGGACGCGGAAGGCAAGUCAAGGGGUUGCGCGGUGGUUGAGUUCAGAACUGAAGAGCUCAUGAAAAAGGCUGUGGAGAAAGUCAACAAACAUGUCAUGAAUGGCCGUCCUUUGAAAGUUAAGGAGGAUCCAGAUGGAGUGAUUGCCCAGCGUGAAGCUCAUCGGGCCCAGGGAGGUGGUGGCGGUGGUGGACCACCAGGUAUGGGUGGAGGAAUGGGAGGUGGCAUGGGUGGAGGAAUGGGCAUGGGUAUGGGCCCAGGGCCUGGAGGUCCACCAAUGGUCAACAUACCUCCCAGUCUCAUGAACAACCCGAACAUCCCCAACGAGAUCAUCCACGGGCUUCAGGCUGGAAAAAUCGGAUGCACCAUUUUUGUAGCCAAUCUGGACUACAAGGUCGGAUGGAAGAAGUUGAAGGAGGUGUUCGGAAUGGCUGGAGUAGUGGUACGUGCUGACAUCCUUGAGGAUAAGGAUGGGAAGAGCAGAGGCAUGGGAACGGUCUCGUUUGAAAUGCCCAUUGAAGCUGUGCAAGCAGUCUCCAUGUUCAAUGGACAGCUCCUCUUCAACAGGGUCAUGCAUGUCAAACUGGAUGAGAAAUCCCUACCAAAAGGUGACUUUGGACCUCCAGAGCGUCCACCUGCACUUCCUCGUGGUCUAAGUGGCAUUGGCCUUGGUCUGGGACCUGGUGGUCAGCCCAUCGACGCUACUCAACUCAACCGAGGUGGAAUGGGCAACAUGGGACCAGGAGGAAUGGAUGGAAUGGGAUUUGGUGGCAUGGGUAGAAUGGGAGGAAUGGAUAACUUUGGCAGUGGAAUGAACAAUAUGGAUCGUUUUGGGCCUUCUGGAAUGGGACGAAUGAACGAAAUGGAUCGUGGCAUGGGUGGUGGUUUCGAUAGAGACUUUGGUGGCAGAGGAAACGACAUGGCUAUGUCCAGGAGCAACUUCGGCGACUCUUUUGAUAGAGGAAUGGCUGGAAAUUCCAUAGCAAUGGAUCGGAUGAAUCCCAGCAUGGAUCGGCUCAGCGGUGGAAUGGACCGCUUGGGCAGCCUAGACCGGAUGGGAAUGGAUCGCGUUUCCGAUCUGGACAGGCUUGGUACCGGUUUUGACCGGAUGGGCACGGGCAUGGAUCGGCUGGGCCCCAGCAUGGACAGAUUGGGAUCAGGCCUCGACCGCAUGGGGUCCAGCCUCGGCCCAACUGGGUUUGAUCGCCUGGGCUCGUCCAGCUUAGACCGUAUGAGCGGUGGGAUGGACUUCGCAUCACCUAUGGGUAUGGACAGGAUGAAUGCAGGCCUGGAUCGAAUGGGAACCAACUUAGACCGUAUAGGCACUGGAGGCAUGGACCGCUUUCCUUCUUCAGGCCUGGACCGCAUGGGUUCCAGUCUGGAUCGAAUGGGCUCUGGGGGUGUCGGAAACCAGUUUGACAGACCUGCCGAAAUGGAUCGUGGGAACUUCGGUGCACCCUUCAGCGGUUCUGGACAAGGGGGACCAGGGGCUGGUGGGCCCAAUGCUAGGAAAGGCUGUCAGAUCUUUGUCAGAAAUCUGCCCUUUGAUUUCUCCUGGAAGAUGUUGAAAGAUACCUUCAACUCAUGUGGGAUGGUGCAGUAUGCUGAUAUCAAGAUGGAGAACGGCAAAUCCAAGGGCUGUGGUGUGGUACGUUUCGACAGCCCCGAGACCGCAGAAAGGGCCUGCCGUACCAUGAACGGCUACCGACUCAACGGACGAGAGAUCGACGUCAGGAUCGACAGAAAUGCAUAAUAAUCUUUUGCCUUGCUGUGAGUCCCUUCAUCCCACAUCGUGCUUUCCAAUUUAGUCGUCGGUUAUGUAUUUGUAUGGGUGCCAAAUGCGCACUUUUAGUUUUCGCUUUUGAUUUUAGAGACCAAAUUUAUAAUUUUCUUCCUAAACCCUUACUUUUUAUUGUAAUGCUUUUCAAGAAAAUACCUUUGUUAAAGGUUUGUUAAUAAAUAUCAACAUCGAGAACCCAA